GAGGGAAAUUCCAGUGGGGAAGGAAACAACUUUAUGAAGCUCUGACACAAAUCUGGUCUCACCUGCAGGAACCUGUCGCGUGUUCUUUAGGGAAUAAAAAUCACUUCAUUAACUCGGAUUAAAAUAAUUUCUCUUUAUAAAGUGUAAUGACGCGGUCGUGUCGCGUCAUGACGCACUCCAGUUGAACUAUAGUCGCUGUAAUGGAUACACUGGUUCAGCACGGGCAUGGCGAAGUGAUGAGCAGAAGUCAAUUGAAUUGAAGUGAACUGUCACUCAUAGUUGAUGUUGAGAAGCCGACUGUUCACCUGAGCGAGCUAAACAGACACCAUGGCUGAAGACGACCACUACCUUCAUACUAACAACCCGAUUUUUGACAUGAUGGAUCCGUCGUGGGAGUUUCCACACUUCACGGCGAUGCCACAGACCACGUCUCUGAGGACAGCGGACGGACCGUUCCUGCAGAUCCUGGAGCAGCCGAAGCAGCGUGGCUUCAGGUUCAGAUACGGGUGUGAAGGUCCGUCUCAUGGCGGUCUGCCAGGAGCGUCCAGUGAGAAGAACAGGAAGACCUACCCCACCGUCAAGAUCUGUAACUACCAGGGUCCGGCCCGGGUGGUGGUCCAGCUGGUGACGGCCAUGACCCAGUUCCCUCAGCUCCACGCGCACAGUCUGGUGGGAAAACAGUGUGACAAAGGAAUCUGCAUCGCAGACCUGCAGCCCAAAGACUCCAGCAUCAGUUUCCCGAACCUGGGGAUCCUCCACGUGACGAAGAAGAACGUGGCGAAGACUCUGGAGGAGAGGAUGAUGGAGGCCGUGAGGAUGGGCUACAACUGUGGCGUCAAUAUCCACGCGGAUAUCGACGGCCUGCAGGCCGAGGUCCGAGUCCCCCGAGACCUCCACGAACACCAGCGCGGUGUGAUCAGCAGCGCCGCGUCUCUCCAGUCGAAGGACAUGGACCUCAGCGUGGUGCGGCUCAUGUUCACGGCGUUUCUCCCCGACAGCGAUGGAGGAUUCUCCAGACGACUGGAGCCCGUGGUGUCUGAGCCCAUCUACGACAGCAAGGCUCCCAACGCCUCCAACCUGAAGAUCGUGAGGAUGGACCGAACCGCCGGCUGUGUGACCGGAGGGGAGGAGGUCUACCUGCUCUGUGACAAAGUCCAGAAAGAUGAUAUCCAGGUCCGGUUCUAUGAGGAAGACGACUCAGGGCUGACCUGGGAGGCUCUGGGAGAUUUCUCUCCCACAGAUGUCCACAGACAGUUCGCCAUCGUCUUCAAGACUCCAAAGUAUCGAGACCAGAACCUGCAGAAGCCGACGUCCGUGUUCGUGCAGCUGAAGAGGAAGUCUGACAAUGAGACCAGCGAGCCCAAACCCUUCACCUACCACCCUCAGAUCAUAGACAAGGAGGAGGUGCAGAGGAAGAGGCAGAAGACGCUGCCCAACUUCCAGGACUUCAGCGGUCAUGGAGGAGGAGGAGGAGGAGGUCUGUACCGAGGAGGAGGAGGUCCAGCAGCAGGAGGUGGUCCUGGCUCUGCAGGAGGAGGAGGAGGAGGUUACUUCCAGGGUUUUACUACCUAUAAUUAUGGAGGAGGAGGAGGAGGAGGAGGAGGAGGAGGGUUCCCCACAGGAUACUCAGCUGGUCUUGGAGGAGGAGGCAUCAAACAUGCCUCUCAGGGCGACGCAGCAGACGAUGACGAAGGCGACCCAGACGAUGACUCAGGGUCCGGGGCUGUGCUGCAGGAUUCAGCCCAGACAGCAGGCGCUGAUGUCACAGAGAAGACUGAGGAGGGAGGGGUCAGUGCUGAUCCAGAACCAGACACAGGUGAGCCGUCGUCUCAGGUGACCCGAAGGCAGUUGGAGGCUCUCUUUCAGUACUCUGUAACAGGUGAUUCAGCGUACCUGCUGGUUCCACAGCGCCCCCUGAUGACGGCACAGGACGAGGAUGGAGACACUGGGCUCCACCUGGCGGUUCUCCACAGCCAGCAGGAGGCGCUGAAGAGUCUGACGCAGGUCGUCUCUGCUCUGCCUGGAGAGGAAGUGCUUAACAUGAGGAACCACCUGUACCAGACUCCUUUGCACCUGGCAGUGAUCACCCAGCAAAAGGAAGCAGUGGAGGCGCUGCUGUUGGCUGGCGCUGAUCCAACUCUGACAGAUCGUCAUGGCAACACAGCGCUCCACCUGGCGUCCCAGCAGGAUGGAGGAGGGAUGGUCCAGUUUCUACUACAACACAGAGACAUGAGAGGACUGCUGGAGCACAGUAACACAGCAGGUCUGUGUGCUAUCCACCUGGCGGUCCUGACCAAUCAGCUGUCCUCUCUCAGGGAGCUCCUGGAGGGCGGGGCCAACGUGGAGGCUCAGGAACGCAGCUGCGGACGGACUGCCCUCCACCUCGCCACGGAAACCGACAAUGUGUCGCUGGCCGGCUGCCUGCUGCUGGAGGGAAACGCCAAAGUGGAUUGCUGCACCUUUAAUGGCUCCACCCCCCUCCACAUCGCUGCAGGGAGGGGCUCCCUCAAACUGACCGCUCUGCUGAUGGCUGCAGGUGCAGACCCUCAUAAAGAAAACUUUGAGCCGCUGUUCUUCAGAGAGGACGAGUGCUGCGACGGAGAGAAGGAGGAUGAGGAGGAAGACGAAGGCUACGUCCCAGGAACCACUCCGCUCAACAUGGCCGCCACCUCACAGGUGCUGGAGCUUCUGAAUGGUAAAGAGUAUGAACCAAAGUCUCCGCCCACAGCCUUCAGCCCCCCGCAAGGCGACCUGGCAAGUCUGGUUGUGGAGGUGAAGCAGGACAUGUGUCGCGCUCUGGAGAGUGAAGGAUGCUGGGAAAAUCUAGCUCACAGUCUGGGUCUCGGGAUCCUCAACACAGCCUUCAGACUGAGCCCCUCCCCCGCCAAGACACUGCUGGACAGCUACGAGGUAUCAGGUGGGACGGUCAGCGAGCUGCUGGCUGGUCUCAGGUCAGUGGGCGACUGCAGAGCGCUGAGCGUCCUGGAGGAGGCGCUGCUUCGCUCUGACACCAUUGACAUGCCGACGACCAACGAGACGACCGGCGAGUCCCUCUGUGCUCCGGUUCAGGAUCUGAAGGUGGACGUUCGGAUCGACAGCGGGGUCUGCGACAGCGGGGUGGAGCUUUCCACGGCGUAACGCCCUGACGGCUCCGCCUCCAGCUAACCUCAACAGAGGAAGCACAAUUCAUCCAUCCAUCACCCUUCAUCCCACCACCAUCAGCAUCCCUCCAUCAGGACGUGUGCCCUCCAGAGGACGCGUCGUCUCUUCUUCA